AUGGAAGGUGGAGUUGAUUUAAUGGAGGCUCUGAAGAAUGAGUCUGUUGAUUUGAUUCUUCGUAAUGGAAAAUGGCAAGAGGAAGAUACAUUAGUUCUUGUUCCAGGUGACAUAAUUAGUAUUAAACUUGGGGAUAUCAUCCCUGCUGAUGCUAGACUCCUCGAAGGGGAUCCUUUGAAAUUUGACCAGUCUACUUUAACUGGUGAGUGUCUUCCUGUUAUAAAAUCUGCUGGAGAUGGAAUUUACUUUGGUUCUACUUGCAAGCAAGAAGAAAUCGAAGCUGUUGUAAUUGCCACAAGUGUGCAUACCUUCUUUAGUAAAGUUGUUCAUCUAGUAGACAGUACAAAAAAAGUUGACCAUUUUCAAAAGGUCUUGACUGUCAUAGGGAAUUUCUGCAUAUGUUAUAUUGUAGUGGGGAUGUUGAUCGAGAUUAUUGUGAUGUACCCUAUUCAGCGUCGAUCCUAUGGUACUGGAAUUGAUAAUCUUCUAGUACUACUUAUAGGUGGAAUUCCCAUUGCAAUGCCCACUGUCCUAUCUGUGAAAGUGCCAAUCGGUUCACAUCGUUUAUCUCGGCAAGAGGCAAUCACAAAAAAAAAGACAGCAAUAGAAGAGAUGGUAGGCAUGGAUGUUCUUUGUAGUGAUAAAAUUGGAACUUUGACACUGAACAAGUUAACAGUGGACAUAAACCUUAUUGAGGUAAUUUAUUGUUGGACAUGA